CUUGAAAUUUUCAAAUUUCUUUCUAGUGAGGAUAAGAGCACUAUAGUGUGUUCACACAGUCGAUUCAUUCAUCUGGUAAGCCAAAAGAGAUGCUUAAUACAAAUAUGAAUGCGUCGAAAAAUGCCUUGGCUCUACUCCGAUUAGGACUUCAGAAGUUACUGAUCAUGAUUGGAUUCCUUCUGGGAUGCACGGGCUCUUUUCUCAAAUAUGUUGUCCCUCGAUUGUUGGGACGACCUGUCAUGUGGAGGAGGGAAGCGCGUCGGGGGAAAGUCCAGAUGCAAAGCUGUGUAACUGACGCCUUUGCUGAAGAAAAUGGAAGAGAAGCAGAAGAAGGAGGAGGAAGACAAGAGGAAGAAAAUGGAAGAGAAGCAGAAGGAGGAGGAGGAAGACAAGAGGAAGAAAAUGGAAGAGAAGCAGAAGACAGAGGAAGAGAAGAGGAAGAAUAGGGAACAGAAGCAGAAGGAGAAGGAAGACAAGAGGAAGAAAAUGGAAGAGAAGCAGAAGAAAUGGGAACAGAAGCAGAAUAAAGGGGAACAGAAGCAGAAGGAGAAGGAAGACAAGAAGAAGAAAAUGGAAGCGAAGCAGAGGAAGAAGGAAGACAAGAGGAAGAAAACGGAAGAAAAGCGGAAGAAGAUGGAAGAGAAGCGGAAGAAAAAUAGCAGAGAAGCAGGAGAAAAUGGAAGACAAGCAGAAGAAAAUGCGAGAGAAGCAGAAGACAAAAUCAAUGGUAUAGCGAUGAGAAAAUGCUACAGUAAAUUUAAGUAAUUUAAGCGGGUUGAUAAUAUGAACAUCGAAGGCUGGAGUGUACAUACAUAUGUAUAUAUACAUAUAUUUACAUAUAUGUACAUACAUUAUAAAUAUAAUUUUUCAUAUAAACAUUAUCCUGCAACAGCUGCAAGGACCAUUUACCAUUUAUCUCAUACAUGUUUUGAAGUCAAAUGUAAACAUAUGUCCGGCAGACAUUUUUUUUUCUUUGUGAUUAGUCAAUAAAGUUCCUCGGAAGAGGCCUGAUGGAAGGCCAAGCUUCUGGGACAAAUUAAGAA